CUUUCUUUCUAUGCAAUAAUAGCUUUUUUUCCAUGCAAUAACCAGAUGAUGAAAACCGCCCAUGAGACAGGACAUGGCCCGUGAGCUUGAACUGUAACUGACGACUGACGAAGCGUGCUUUGGCAGAUCGUAAUAGAUUAUUGCCUACAGUGACCAACUUGGAGAAAACUAACCCUGUAUUUCAAUUGACUUCAACACUAUAGCUUCUUAUUCUUGAGAGAGUGAUGAAGGUAUUUAAAAUCUUAAACAUGUUUAAGUCCUGUGGCAUAAACGCCAUAAUAUCUGUUGUUGCAAUGGCUUUUGAUUCCUUUGGGAUGAAAUACUACUACUACUACUACUGCUGUAGGUGGGGACCAACAUUUCACAUUCAACCCCACCACUGUUUCUUCUUAUCUCCACAUUCUUGAUUGAGCAUUGAUUUGAUAUGGCUGUUUCUCCUUCCCGGCCCCUCAGGCCCUCAUCUUCCUUCUCUUACCACUUCCCCUUUUCCACUAGUAGCUAGCCAUCCUUUUUUCAUCUCUAUAAAUCCCUCCUCUCCAUCUUUGUUGAGGUUCACAAACCAACCAAACAAGACUUUGUACAAAAUUUAGGGGAUUUUGUCUAAACAUGUUAAGCUGCGGGGAAAUGAGCGUUCUUGAGAGACAGAGAGCAGUGUUGGAACGUCUUUAUAGCCAAUCCAAACAGCAGCUUUCUUCUCUGCCUCUGCAAAAUUUUGCUCAGUUUAACAAUUUGAUAACUGGGCAAAUGAUGGGCAGCCUUGACGUGCCAAUUGAACGAAUGAACGAGAAUUUUACUAACUUCGAUAUGUUUGGGAGAGAACAUGAUAAGGGCAUAACAGGCUUUGGUUUUACCAAUAAUUGGCAAGAAACGGCUCGUCCCUCUUUCUCUACAGUCUCAAAUUCAUCCAUUACAACAGUGUCUCCGCCACCAGAGAAAGAAAUAGAUACCAUUGUAGCUCCGAGAAGAAAUGCGGUGUCAACAAAGAAGAGAAAAACAGAGCAAUUUCCCGAGGAAGAGGAUUGUAAAAUCAAGAGACCUCAGUCAGAGAUUAGUGAGAAAAGCCAAAGAGCUGCUUCAGGAAAUAAUUCCAAGGAGAAUUCUAAGACAUCAGAGGUUCAAAAACCUGAUUAUAUUCAUGUCAGGGCACGUCGUGGUCAAGCCACUGAUAGCCACAGCUUAGCAGAAAGAGCUAGAAGGGAGAAAAUCAGUAAGAAGAUGAAAUAUUUACAAGAUAUAGUCCCAGGUUGCAACAAAGUGACAGGCAAGGCCGGAAUGCUAGAUGAAAUCAUCAAUUACGUUCAAUCUCUACAGAAACAAGUGGAGUUCCUAUCAAUGAAACUUGCUGUUCUAAAUCCUAGGCUUGAUUUGAACACAGAUAACUUUUUUACCAAGGAUUUCCCCUCUUACAUGUCCAAUUUUCCAACAGUAGAUAUUCCCACACUUUCAGAAUAUAGCUUAAUCCAACACCAACAAAUGUUACCCCAAAGAAGGGAAAACUGUUUAAUGUCAUUUCCAGAAGCGGCAUCUUCCCCUAUUGCGGUAGUACAGCAGCAGCCAAAUUUUGAAACUGAUUUGCAGAGCCUUUUUCAGUGUCAGUUUUAACUAGUUAAGGAUGAUUGAACUAUAAAGAUUGGGUGCAAUUCAAUUAAUUAUGGUGCCUUCGCUUUUCCUACUUAUCUGGGAUUGUUCUUUGAGAAGCACAGAACUCAUUCCACUAGCUCCUGUACACAAAAUUCACAAUCUUCAGAUGGAGUUCAAGAUUUUUGAAGUUAGCAACUACAUUAGAGAGCAACCCCCCACCCCCACAAAUCCCACCCUUUAUGAAAAUUUAUUACAUCUUACACAUAAGGGAUCUUGUAAUCUAUUCAUGUAUAGCCAAAGUUGCAGGAUUUGACUGAUAUGUAGUAAUACAAAAUUGAUCUUGUAUUCUUUCUUA